AUGGAGAUCGGAAGCACAGUCGAACACGCUGACCAGAAUGUGUGCGAUCCAGCCUCUCAACGUGGAGAGUCGAUGCCUCCGGACUCUGGCAAAACGUCUCCUCUCCAGAAAGAGAAGAUACCUUUGCAGCAGAGUUCGCUCGCUACCAUUCACGAUGAUACUGCACAGCGUAGCCAACCCCCUGUGGGAGGGCGGCCCUUCCAUCCCGAUGCUUCCCUUGUCUUGAUUGGGAUUCGUGCAUCUGGAAAAAGGUCUCUGGGUCUGAUUGCUGCUACCGCUCUUGGGAGGAGAUUUGUCACCGAGGAUCAUUUCUUCCAAAGUAUCAACGGACUCUCUAGACAAGACUACUUGAAAGCAAAUGGCAACGGGCGAUUCCAUGCGCAGGAUAUCGAGACUUCCAUACAGAUGCUGGAAGAUAACCGAUACAAAUGCGUCAUCGAAUGCGGUCUGGUGAGCCUCACGAGCAGCUUCCAAGACUAUCUGAGGCAGUAUUGCGAAAAAAGCCCGGUAGUCUUUGUGCUGAGGGACAUGGAACAGAUCAAGAUCCUUCUGAACCUUGAUGGCCGAACUACAAGAAUGCUUGAGCAUGGGAAUAUGACACAUCGGAACUGUUCGAAUUUCGAGUUUUUCAACCUUGAAGAUCAGUCAAUCAAUGGAUCCCCGGAUUCUGACGCAGCAGAUCGUACCUCGCCUAAGUACUCAUUCAAGCUCAGAAACGCACAAGCUGACUUCUCAUCCUUUGUACGUUUCAUCACUGGAACCCAUUCGGCACGACCGACCUUUGACUCCCCAUUCUCCCUGGACAUUCCCGUGGAGCUGCGAGCGUAUACCCACGCUCUUUUCCUGCCGAUGUCUAAGUUCGUUACUGGGAACAUCGACUUCGACUCACUGGAGUCCGCUGGCGAUCUGCUGGAAAUAUAUGUCGAUGACUGGGGUUCUAGCACAUCCGAACACCUAAGCAAGAUGGUCGCUGUGGCCAGACGAGCUCUCAGAGUUCCGAUCUUACUCUCAGCGAAUCGCAGGGCUUCCGAACAGUCAGCCUCGGACAAGUAUUUCGCGAUCAUGCUACAAGGAUUGCGGCUGGGUGUUGAGUACGUGUCGAUGGAUCUCGACUUGGAAAACAGCGUGAUUCAGAGGCUGAAGGCUGCGAAGGGGUAUACAAAGCUCAUUGGCAAUUAUGUCAACGGCAUCCCGGGCGAGGGUGGUUGGAAAGCCAGCAGGUGGAUGAGAUUAUACAACAAGGCUGUUGCUCUAAAACUCGAUCUCGUUCGGCUCCUGAACAACCCGAUAUCGCGUCAUGACAACGAGGCCUGGAGCUGGUUUGUGGAGGAGUUGAAGGGUGUGCCUGGACCUCAACUUGUCUCGAUCACGUAUAAUACUGGCCUUCAAGGUCGAACAUCGCAGAUCAUCAACCCUACACUCACUUCUGUGACUCAUCCUGGUGUCCCAACAGUUGAAAUCUUGGACGGCUCGGCGCCUCUGCUCUCCGCCAGAGACAUCACCAAGUCUCUCUUUGACUGUUUUGUGUUUGACUCGCUCGAAUUCCUCAUUGUUGGUGCGAACGUGUCCGAAUCGUUGUCGCCAGCAAUGCACAAUGCUGCAUAUGAUUGGCUAGGGUUGAGGCACCAUUACAACACCAGGAACAUAAACUCAUGGGAUGAUAUUGAAGAACUUGCUCGAAAUGACAGACUGGGUGGUUUGAGUAUAGUACAGCCGUACAAGGUCAGGGUUGUUCCAAAGCUGAAAUCACUUAGCGGUCAUGCAAAGGCCAUCGGAGCAGUCAAUACGCUGAUCCCCCUCCGAGCGAACUCGUCCGGGGUCGUCCCUUCUCUACAAGUUCAGGCUCAGGAAAGAAACCGUGCAGGACCCAUCAUGGGUUGGUUCGGAGAGAACACCGAUUUUAUCGGGAUCAUGAAUUGUGUGAGUGGGAGCCUCUCCCCUCGAAAUGCUAUUCAGCCAAAGACGACAGCCUUGGUGAUUGGCGCCGGGGGGAUGGCCAGAGCUGCAGUGUAUGCCAUGUUCCAGCUUGGUUGCAGGAAUCUCUUUGUGUACAACAGAACUGUCGAGAACACGAGAGGUAUAGUCAGACACUUCAACCACUGGGCCAUGUCACAGUCAAAUGGCGACGCCUCGUCGUAUACUCCAUCUCCAGAACCAGUCAUGGUGCUGGAGUCUUUGACCGAUGCAUGGCCAAGCGCUUUCCUCCUUCCACCCAUCAUUGUAUCUUGUGUCACUCACGAGCUUCUUGAUGGCAAUCCAGGAGCAAGUUUUGAGAUGCCAGAGUCCUGGCUACAAUCACCCACCGGAGGCGUUGUUGUCGAGAUGGCGUACAUGACCAGGGAAACGCCGCUGGUCAAGCAGAUGAAGCGGUUUCGCGAAGCUACCCGGAGACCUUGGGUGAUCAUUGACGGCAUCGAAACGCUGAUAGAGCAAGCAACUGCUCAAUUUGAGUCAAUGACCGGCAGGAAAGCACCAAAGCGUUGCAUGGCCGACGCAGUCCACGCUGCACUGGAGGAAAAUACGCCGUAUCUUGUGGACAAGGAGGAGUUAUUGACAUGA